AGACAACAACAGUCCCUUCCUUCAUCCCAUACCAAUCAUCAGCCCCAGUUCUGCACUCCCAAUGUGGUUAAUCUUACAAUUGUAAGGAAGGGCUGGUCCGACGAUCUCGUCACAGAUGCUAACGGCAACCUCUUGUUUAAAGUGAAAGGCCCCCUCCUCCUUAAACCCAAUGUGGUUUUGCUUGACAACGCUGGAAAUCCCGUUGUCACCCUCAAAGAGAAGGCUUUAUCAUGGCAUGGUAGAUGGGAAGUGUUUAGGGGAGAGAGUACGGACUCUAAAGACCUGCUAUUUAUUGUCAAGAACUCCUCGGUUAUGCAGUCGAAGACCAAGCUGGACGUCUUUCUGGCAAAUAACACCUCCACGGAGGUCUGUGAUUUUAAGCUCAAAGCAAACUGGAGUGAAAGCCCACUGAAACUUCAAUUUUAUUUCCAAACUACAGAUGCACGAGAAAGUCUCUUUUCUGAAGAUGGGCAAGAAGAUGGUGACGGUUCAACAAAAUGUCGACCAUGCCUUCAUUAUUGCACUUCUUGUGAUCCUAUAUAA